ACCCUCAUAUUAUAUCACUGCCUCUCUCACCCCCCAAACCUCCCUCACUUCUUAUCUUCAAUUCCACAGCUUUAAAGAGGGCUCCAUCUCAAUUUGUUUCUAGAUAUAGAGAAAGAUCAGAGAGAGUUGGCUCAAUUUGUUUCUAGAUAUAGAGAAAGAUCAGAGAGAGUUGGAAGAGGAAAGACUUCGAUGCAUAUUUGAAAGAAUGGCUUCAAGACCAGUGGUUCAACAUCAAAAUAGAGGAGAUUUGCAGUUGAGGGAGUCGUUGCUGGGGGAAUAAAGUAAAAGAACAUGGCGGCAGAGGGAAGGAGCCGCCGGGUACUUGGGGAUAUUUGCAAUAUGGUCACCCUUCAAGGGGCCGAAGGCAAGCAGCAGCUUCCUCAGGGGUCAGGCCCCCUCACAAGUCACAAGGGGGCACAACUACUGGCUAAUGCACAAGCUGCAGCAGCUGACAAGAACUGGGUUGGCGGCUAUAAUUUCCCUAUUCAAUAGUGUUAAAUGAUGCUUAGGACCCAUUAUUAAUUAUUUAUGCCAUGCACCCACACCCCAUCCCAUCAUCAUGCUUUGUUGCUGUAAAUCUGAAGUUCUAAACAACUUGUCCCUUGCCUUAAUCUCUUGAUUUGCUGCAGAAACGUAUUGGUCUGUGAAUGUGGAUGGAGUUGCUGCUGCAAAUGGAGGUGCCUAGAAAGCCUCCUCCUCAGAAGAAUGCUAAGGUGAAGGAAAAGAACAGCCUCCGCAGAAAGGCAGCAGCUGAAGAUUCAUCUAGAAAGACUUAUACUGCAACUCUCACUGCUCGAAGCAAGGCUGCUCGUGGCAUUGCGGCAACAAUCCUCUCCAUUAUUAUGUAUGGCUCGCCUCUGUCAAUCAUAAGGCUAGUGAUUAAAACAAAGAGUGUGGAGUUCAUGCCAUUCUUCUUGUCUCUGUUUGUGUUCUUGUGUGGCACUUCAUGGUUCAUCUUUGGAUUGCUGGGAAAGGACCCCUUUGUUGCUAUACCAAAUGGUUUUGGGCGUGGCUUAGGAGCAGUGCAGUUGAUAUUGUAUGCCAUUUACUGUGACAAGAAAUCCUUCCCUGAUGGCUCCGGGAAGAUGGUUGGAGUUGAUGGCAAGCCCAGUGGAGAAGACAUACAAUUAGGCAUAAGAAUGGGCCAGAACCAGUCAAAGGAGGAUCUGGUUUAGAUGUGUGUAUGUCAUUCAGACAAUUGCAUGCUUUCUUCUUGUUGAUGCUGUAAUGGUUUUCUCUAAAAACUACUUGUGCAUGUAAAUGUAAUGAAUCCUUGGCUUCUGAUUCCUCAUGUUGGAUUGCACUCCAGACUGAAAAAGGUUUUGAUUAAUUUGGUA